AUGGAGGGCGCUUCGAGGGCGCCCCUCGCUCUCCGGCUUUUCGUCUUCGCGGCCCUGCCAGCCACCGGGUGGCUGACGACCCGCACCCUGGAGCCGCCGCUCCUGCCGCCCGCCCCGAAGGAUAGCAUCAGAAUUAAUGUAACCACCCUGGAGGAUGGGAAGGUGUCUAAAGAACAGGUUGUUCUUAACAUAACCUAUGAGAGUGGACAGGUAUAUGUAAAUGACUUCCCUGUAAAUAGUGGUGUAACCCGAAUAAGCUGUCAGACUUUGAUAGUGAAGAAUGAAAAUCUGGAAAACUUGGAGGAAAAAGAAUAUUUUGGAAUUGUCAGUGUAAGGAUUUUAGUUCAUGAGUGGCCUAUGACAUCUGGUUCCAGUUUACAACUGAUUGUCAUUCAAGAAGAGGUAGUAGAGAUAGAUGGGAAACAGGCUCAACAAAAGGACGUUACUGAAAUUGAUAUUUUAGUUAAGAAUCAGGGAAUAGUCAGACGUUCAAACUACACCCUGCCUUUAGAAGAAAGCAUGCUCUACUCGAUUUCCCGAGACAGUGACAUUCUAUUCACCCUUCCCAACCUCUCCAAAAAAGACAGUGUUAGUUCAUUGCAGACCACCAGCCAGUAUCUUAUCAGGAAUGUGGAAACCACUGUAAAUGAAGCUCUACCUGGCAAGUUACCUGAAACUCCUCUCAGAGCUGAGCCUCCAUCUUCAUAUAAGGUGAUGUGUCAGUGGAUGGAAAAGUUCAGAAAAGAUCUAUGCAGGUUCUGGAGCAGUAUUUUCCCGAUAUUCUUUAUGUUUUUGAAUGUCAUGGUGGUUGGAAUUAUAGGAGCAAUUAUAGUAAUAACCAUCUUAAAGGUGCUUUUCCCAGUUUGUGAAUACAAAGGAAUUCUUCAGUUGGAUAAAGUGAAUGUUAUACCUGUGACAGCUGUCAACUUAUAUUCAGAUGGACCUGAGAAAACAGCAGAAAACCCUGGAGAUAAAACAUGUGUUUAG